GCGGUGGGAGCGGCGGCCGCCGGCGGGGCGGGGCGGAGCAGCGGCGUCGCCAUGGCGGGGCUGGCGGAGGCGUGAGAGCGAUAUGGGAACCACCCGUUCUGUGUGAAGGACAAGAAGUAAAACGUUCAAUACAGUGAAGAAACAAAACAUCUGAUAAAUGGAAGCCAUGAAGAUAUCAAAGCGGUUCUUCGCUUUUGGGAUUUUGGCAUGCAUAGCUAUUUAUGUUGCUUACAUAAAAUGGCACUUGGAUUCCAAACCAGUCGUGGGAGCAACAGAAGGAGUGGCUGAAAGCAGGGGAGACAAACUGAACCAUCAGGCACUGACCACAGAUCUCUCAGUCUUUUAUGGAAUUAUGUUUGAUGCAGGAAGCACAGGAACUCGCAUCCAUAUUUUUAAAUUUACACAGCAGCCAAAAGAGACUCCCAAAUUAACCCAUGAGACGUUUAAAGCACUGAAGCCAGGUCUAUCCGCAUAUGCUGAUGAUGUCGAAAAGAGUGGCCAGGGAAUAAAAGAGCUUCUGGAAGUGGCAAAGAAGGAAGUUCCUGUGGAGCUGUGGAAGUUUACUCCUCUGGUCCUGAAAGCCACAGCUGGCUUACGGUUGCUGCCAGGAGAGAAGGCUCAGAAGUUGCUGGAUAAGGUAAAGGAGAUUUUUCAGGCGUCCCCCUUCUUCGUGAGGGACAACUGCGUGUCGAUAAUGAAUGGAACGGAUGAAGGUAUUUCAGCCUGGAUCACAAUAAAUUUUUUAACAGGUAGCCUAGAUGAUCCACAGAAGAGAAGUGUAGGGAUGCUGGAUUUGGGUGGUGGAUCAACACAGAUCACCUUCCUUCCACGCACCGAGGCAACUCUCCAGACAUCACCAGCUGGCCAUACAGCUUCAUUUCAGAUGUUUAACAACACCUACAAGCUGUAUUCGUACAGUUACCUGGGACUCGGGCUGAUGUCAGCAAGGCUCGCCAUUUUAGGAGGAGUUGAGGGAAAACCCUUAGGAGAAGGGGAGGAAUUGAUCAGCCCUUGUUUGCCGCCUGGCUUCAAAUCUGAAUGGCAACAUGCUGAGAUAGUGUACAAAAUUAAAGGACAGAAGGCAGGUGAGCAUCUGUAUGAGUCUUGUUCUAGGAAAGUGGCAAAGAUGCUUUACAGAAAAGUGCAUAAAGCUGAGGAAGUGAAGGACUUGGAUUUUUACACUUUCUCCUACUACUAUGACCGUGCAGCAGAGGUUGGUCUCAUAGAUAAAGAAAAAGGAGGAAGCUUAACCGUUGGUGACUUUGAAAUUGCAGCUAAAUAUGUGUGUAAGACCAUGGAAAUCAGCCCCGGAAGCAGCCCUUUUCUCUGCAUGGAUCUCACGUACAUCACCUUCCUCCUGCAAGAACUGGGCUUCCCGAAGAGCCAAGUCUUUAAGCUUGCCCGGAAAAUUGACAAUGUUGAAACAAGCUGGGCAUUGGGAGCCACUUUUCAUUACAUCGACUCACUCAAUAGACUGCAGUACUAAAGCUCCCUGAAGGUGACUUUCAGGAGUCUCAGUUUUUGGAAGCCCAGCACAGGAGAAUCUGUUGAAGGGCCUGCUUUUGGCUUCUGGAGUCCUUUGGGGGGUCAUCAUGAACUAGGCCCCUUUCCUAGGGGCCCCUUGGCAGGGGGUGGGAGCCCUGCCAAGUCCCCUCCAUCACGCGCUCUAUUUUACAGUGCAGAGUGCAACAGUAUCUAAAGAAUAAGCCUUGAUUUGACAGCAUCUUCAGUCAGCUUGAUGUAAAACUUGAUCAUUGUUGAAGGAAAACCAGGACUCUGCGGGACAUCUAUGAUCUCUAUGAGAAAAACACACCUUUUUGGAAUAUGCCUGUACUACGUGCUCGCACUGUGCUGAAGUCGCUGUAGGGAACGGUCGCUCCAGAAGGAACUCUUUACUGUCCUGAUUUCAGGGUAUUUCUUCCUGUUUGUCAGCAGUUUUCAGUGAUGAUUCUUAUUUUACUACUUCCGUGUUCAAAGGUGAACUUGUGCGUGUGCAUGCAAAGGCAGCGUGUUUACACAGAUGUGCUACUGGUGGGCAGCGGCUUUGAAAUGCAGCGUGGAAGUCUCAGCUCUUCUUUCCACUUGUUGAACUAGAAAAGCUCAGGAGCACUCUAGAAACCAGAUAUGGACUUACGUUGGUUCCCUGGCUGUUGGGAGAUGGAUGGUGGAAGACAACAUCAGCUUUGCUGGAUCUAGAAGAGCAAGGCUUGGGAAUUGGGUACAGGACUAAGGAUGGAUUUGACAGUUCUAGAAUCGGUCAGGGUAAGAUCGAUGAACAAGACUCAGCCACAAAAAUAAACCCUGAGCACAGCUUAUUGGACCUCACAGACAUCUGUGCCUUGGCAAGGUUGAUGCAGGGCCCAGGAUGAAUGCAUUUACAUGCUGUUUUGGGUGCCGCUUCCUGCAGAUGCAUCUCACUUUGAUAAAUGAAUGUAUUGUGGUUGCACUGAGCCGUGGCAGGGUAGCUGCAAUGCACCACUCCAGCAGUGUCCUGUAUGUGGGCUGGAAGUGAUCUCAGAGGCAGUGGGAGCUGGGGACGAACUGCUGUGCUAUUUGUAAUCUAGUUGUGGAAUUGUGUUGUAUUUGUAUGGAUAGUUAGAGCAGACCUGAGUGGUCUUUUGGGGAUGCAAAAGAGCCCAGCCUUCCGGAGAGCUGGCACUGUGUGCCCUGACUUGUGGGCUCUUGGCCACAGCCUCAUCCUUUCCCUGGGGCAACAAGAUGUCUUAUGGUGGCAUGUGGUGCUGCGUGGCUCCUGGCUCAGCAGCUGGGUGUACAGGGGACACCGGAGCCCCACUGUACCAACAAUAAAACCCCAAUUUAAAAUGAAAA